AUGCCGCCCGGGGCGGCGAGCUGCCAGUCCGAGGAGGCUGGCCCGGGUGCGCAGCACCAGACCGCGGCGGCGGAGGUGCAGACCGAGCCAGAGGGGCACGCCACCCCGCGCGAGGUCGAGGCUUCGCUCGCCCAGCAGGCGUCCCAGAUUGCCGAGCAGGUCGGGAAGAUCGCGGCCCUUGAUGAGGAGUUGCGGGAGCGCGAGAACAGGAUCGUGUCCGCCGAGGCCGAGGCCGAGCUGGAGAGAGGCGCCGCGGAGCGCGCGGGGCGCGCAGCCCUCGCGGAGCAGGCCGCGCAGGCCGAGGAGCAGGAGCGCAGGAUCGAGUGCCUGCGCGCGGAGCUCCAGGAGAGCGAGAACAGGAGACCGUCUCCGCCGAGGCGCAGCUCGAGGUCGAACGAAGCACGGGGCGGCGCGAGGCGACGGCCGCCGCCGAUGCGCACGCCGCCCAGGCCGAGCAGCAG